AUGAACAGCUUCAGUGCCGCCAUGCAGCGGGCACAGCAAGGCCCAAUGCCUCAAUGCGUGCCUGUCCACCCAGUAAGGGCAUGCUGCUGUCUCCCAGAUCGGGUCUUCAAUGACCCCAGACGAAGUGCGGUUUUUAUCCCAGCAGCUUGCUACAUCCUGAUGCGGGCGCUGCCGGCGUGCCAGGCACCCCUUGACCGUCGAAGACGGCGUCGGACUCACAGAGGCUCCCGACCGGCCGGGCAACAAACCGAAUUGCUUGUUGAUGCUGACACGUUCAGCAUUCAAGCUACACGGGUCGCCAUCAGAUUGUUGGAAGACUCUGGCCAUGUGGUGAACACAACCAUCUUUGCACCGGAAGGACGGCAGCAGAACAAGAAGUGGCUGGAGUUCAUGCGGGAAUCAGGGAUUGGCUACCAGCCUGUUGACAAGCAACAAACAGGACGUCUGUCAGGAGAAGAAGUUGACGAGGCAAUUACUUUGGCUGUUCAGGACUUGUGGGCUGCCACAGAAGUGGAUUGCAUCGCGCUACUAACUGGGGAUACCGGCUACAUGGACAUCAUGCAAAGCACACUGGCGCACGGAAGGCAAGCCAUUGUCCUUGCUGAGACCCACAGACGGACGGUUCUUUCCAGGUACGAGGACAUUGGUGUGAGCGUAGCUGUAUUGCCAAAGGAGCAUGAAGGUUUUAUCGGCGUGCAAGCAAUUUUGCAUGCUGAUGGCAGUGGAAGCGUCAGGGAGACGCACCUGGAGGUUCCUGGCGCACCAGAGGAUGUCGCCGAGCGGAGGGCCGAAGCAUUUAUGCAGUUCAUGUCUGAUUUGGAUUACCGCCAAGACAGCGGAUACUUCAUCCAAUCCGCUGCGAAAUUCUGGUUCGAAAAUUCCUUGAGAUCUUACAGUUUUCCCGCAGAGCUGUGGUCUGAAAGAUGUAUCUGA